AUGUCUUCUAUUACGCCUACGAAACUACGCUCGCUCUACCGUUCGUUUCUCCGCGAACUUCCAUCUCGGCCCCUCAUCCAAGAAUCCCGCUCCCCUCUACAAUCCCGCAUUCGCAGGACCAUAGCCUCGGAAACAGGCACGCCAAUCGAGCAAGCAGAGCAAUUCCUACAAUAUGUCAAGGCGCAAAGGAUGUAUGCCACAUUACUUGAGAGAUACAACCCUGGGAUGAAUAUGGAUGAAGAAGAGCGAGUACGUUUGACUGCCAGGAGAGUGGGAAUGGAUCUACCGGAAGAGUUUUCGUAUGGCCAAGAUGGGAAUGGGGGCAAAGUCCAGUGA